AUGGCUGCGCCGCCAGAGAUCACUUGCACCAAUCUAUCGGGCAAGUUCGUCAUGAACAAAUCCCUUUCGGACGACAUCGACUCCAUGCUCGCUCUUCAGGGCGUGAGCUGGCUCACUCGAACCGCAAUCAGCCUGGCUACAGUCGUCCUUACCAUCAAAGAAUACAAGCAAGAUGAUAUCUACCAUGUUGACAUCAAGUCUGUGGCUUCGGGCCUUUCAACGACUCAAGAGAACCGCACGCUGGACUGGCAAGAGCGAGACCACCAUGAUCGCAUCUUUGGGAACUGCCGGGGCAAGUCAAGACUUUGGAAGACAGGCGAAUACAAAAUGGAAGGCCCGGGUACACAAGAGGAUGCAGUGUUCUUGGAGGCCCACAAACUCAAGGACGGUAAGACAGAUUCCAAGUUCCUGGACGACGAACACGUUCAGAGCUGGGUCAAGAACAUGGACCAGGCUGGCUGGCAGGCGGAACAGAACUGGGGUUUUGAAGAUAUCAAUGGUGAACGACGAUACACCCGACGAGUUUUGGUCUGGAAAGGCGGCGAGUUUCGAAGAGCCCGCCUCGUAUAUGACUACCAAGGACAGGCGGAGAAGAAGGAAGACGACGAUGACGGCCUGGCAUAUGGUGAGGAAUGA